AUGUCAGUAAGACAAAAGUCAAGUAAGGUUGGCUUUAGUCCAGAGAAUAUAAAAGUACGACACUACCUAAGUAAACUCAUUCAGCUACCAUCUGCCUCUGAUUCAAACAGACUCAGUGAAAUCAGAAAGAUGACUAGCUCCGAUCAAUCGCCAUCGCACAACGUCUUCGUCUACGGCAGUUUCCAAGAACCAGCCGUCGUUGGUCUUAUCCUCGAGUGCACUCCGAUCAUCGUCUCCGCUCAACUCCACGGCUAUCACUUGUAUAGACUCAAGGGUCGUUUGCAUCCAUGUAUAUCUCCUUGUGAGAAUGGCGUUAUCACCGGCAAGAUACUAACUGGAUUAACAGAUACUCAGUUAGAGAAUUUAGAUAUGAUUGAAGGAGAUGAUUAUGUGAGGAAGACUGUCCAAGUUGUUUUGACUGAGACUUGUGAGAAGAUGAAUGUGGAAACAUAUGUAUGGGCAAACAAGGAUGAUCCUGAUAUGUAUGGAGAAUGGGAUUUUGAGGAGUGGAAGCAGCUUCAUAUGGAGAAAUUCAUAGAGGCGUCAAAGAAGUUUAUGGAAUGGAAGAAGAAUCCUGAUGGGAGAAGUCGGGAAGAGUUUGAGAAGUUUGUACUCGCAGAUCCUCCCACCACCGCGGCUUGAAGAAUCUUAUCUUAUAUGUGUUGUUUCCCAUCUCUAUAUAUAUGUAGUGAUCAGUUUCAUUUACUGCAAGAAUAAAUCAGUCUCAUUAUAAAGUUAAUAAGAGGCUUUGUGAAUUUGGGGUAGCAUUAAGAAAAUGUUUUGUAUCU